AACUCCACAAAAAAAGUGUGAGUUAGCAGUAAAUGGCGUCGCAAGUUGUUUUUUAUCCUGAAUCAAUGUGUUUCUCGCCGUUUUGUGAAAUUGUUAACUAUAUCCACGUUGCCAGUGUGUCAUUUGUUAGUGGCGUGGUUAUUUAAGUGACGAAACCAGCGUAUGUUUUGUUGAUACCAGCGUUGGCUUCUAAACAAUGGCGUCUAGUGGCCCGCUGGAUUCCCAUGUAAAAGUUGGUGAAAAUUGCGAUUAUACUGACGAUUACUUCAGUGGAAAUAGCGAUGCAGACGCCGGCGAAGCCACUAAACGCCGUCGGGUGACGCACGACUAUCGAAAACUUUCGAAACUGGGAUAUGAUCCAACUAUGUCAACCACUUCGAGACAGGUCUCUACAUCGGAACCUAAAGGCAAAAAGCGCAAGCGCAGCGCAGACUCCAAAGAGCUCUGCCUCUGGGGCGACAACGUCAAACCCGCCAAGCUCACCAAAAUCUGGCCCGUCUUCGACUCCGGAGGGUACGGGGACGCUGCCAUACUCACUCUCCACGUCCUCCAGAGAUCCCCGCCGGUCCACAACCCGCUGCUCUUCACCAAUGAAUUCAACCUCUCCGCACUACCUGACUUCAGCUUAAACUCCUCAUGGAAGCAAACACAGCUGAACAAAUCCUUCCCAAACGAUGAAGUCACUCGAAGAGUCUUCGGAUCUGUCUCAAGACAACUAAGAAUCAUCAACGCGCACUUUCAUCAGUCCAUGUUCAAAUAUAAAUACCCUCGGGUCACCCAACAGAAUGUCUUACUAGAAAACACAGUCCGAAGACCAGUGCAUUACAGUCUAACUAUGAAAGCUAUCCGUUUCCAGCCUACUCCGAGGAGGGACCUACCGUGUUAUGGGAACUUGGAGUUACCGUUUAAAGUAAAGCAGGAGAGUGGGGCGUCCCCGCAGAUCUUUGUGACAAGCGGGAGAAGUGUUGGGGACAAGGUGGAUGUUAAAGUGAAAGUGGAAGGGGAUAGGGUUAAAGUGGAGAAGGAGAAGGAGAGAGAUAAGGAGCGGGAGAGAGAAAGGGAAAGAUCAUCUCACUCAUCCCGCCACUCGUCCUGCCACCACUGCCGCCGGCGAGCGAGGAUCAAACGCGCGUCCAUCGGCGUCCAGUGCCGCCGCCCCGCGCCCUCCGCCACCGCUACCGCCACCGCCACCGCUUUCACCCCAGCUUUAGUCGACCCGAGGGAUGAGAACCCUACUCUCAAAGGACUUAAGUAUCACAGGCUAAUGCGGGUAGACACGCAUCCAAACGGCGGCGCUAGUGUCGUCUAUCUGCAUCAGAGGGACGUCGAUAUGUUGUCCGCAAGCCAGCAAGAAUCACUCGCCAAAGAAUUUCUUAAGCUAGUAUUCUCGGAAGACAGCGAGGGCUGGGCGCACCACGUGUGCGGCGUGGUGCGUGGCGCGGCCGGCGCCUUCCCGUGCCUGCUGCGGUACCUCUCCGACACACACGCCAACCUCACCGUCAAGGCUGGCGUCCUAGCCAGGGCCUCGGACAUAGAGACUACCACCAUCAGUCGGUAUUACCAGCAGGUGCAACAGUCAUACGCGGCAGGAACGUUUCGCUGCGGGCCGCUACACCAGAUCUCACUGGUCGGCACCGUGCAUGAAGAAGUGGGUGGCUACUUCCCUGACAUGCUGAGAAUGCUGGCCGCUAACCCUUUUCUCAAUCUGACAAUGCCCUGGGGCCCGAUGUCCGCAGUGGAGAUGGAGCCGCAAGAAUCAAAUGACGGGCCCAUCCUGUGGAUCCGACCAGGCGAGCAGCUUGUCCCCACGGCCGAACUCGGCAAAAGUCCAAUCAAAAAACGACGGACGGGUAUCAACGAGCUCCGAAACCUGCAGUACUUGCCUCGCUACAGCGAGGCGCGAGAGUUCCUCUUCGAGGACCGAACCCGGGCCCACGCCGACCACGUCGGCCACGGGCUCGACCGGAUCACUACUGCGGCAGUCGGUGUGUUAAAAGCCAUCAACUGCGGCGGUGAAGAAGGCCGAGGACGCAUCACCAAAGACGUGGUCGCUUUUCACGCGGCAGACUUCAACAAAUUGGUGCAACUCUUACAAUUGGAUUUGUAUGAGCCGCCCAUCUCACAGUGUGUCACGUGGUUAGAAGAAGCGAAACUAAACCAACUACGGCGGGAAGGUGUCCGCUACUCUCGCCUGCCGCUGUGUGACGACGACAUCUAUUUCCUGCCGCGAAAUAUUAUCCAUCAGUUCCGAACAGUGUCAGCUGUCACUUCAGUUGCGUGGCACCUGCGGCUCAAGCAGUACUACCCGUCGUCGGAGGCGUCGUCGCCCGCCGACGAGCGCCGCGUGCCCGAGGCGCCGCCCACACAGACUGAACCCAAAAAAUCAUCAACAACCAAACACAAAGCGGGCGUCAUCGAAAUGCGAGCGCUAAGCGCUAAAUUUCAAGAACAACCUGCUUUAAAAAUAGGAGAAAACAGAAAGAGCACCGACACACAAAAACCAGAAAAAACAGAAGAGAAGAAAGAUAAAAAAGAUAGAGAGAAAGACAGAAUGGAAAGGACAGAUGGCACCGCUAAUGUGGAACGGGAUGACAAACAUAGAAAAGAUGAUAAACAUAAGGAUCACAAACACGACCAUCAUAGGAGACACUCAUCGUCUAGUCGACACAAGUCGAGCCAUCACAAAUCCGAGCGGAGGGACAAAUCUAAAGAGCGCAGGAAAGAGAAGGAACAUAGGAGGGAUGAAAAGAAAGAUAAACAUAAGGAGAAGGAGGAGAAACAGGAGAUAGUGAAUCGUGCCCCGGACUAAGUGUUUGUGAAGCCCUUCGUAGAGGUUCGAUGUUAUAAUAUGGCCACUGGUCCGGAGAGUUUAGUGCAUUGACCUUUUGAUAUUUGACGACUGGUAGGGCCUUAGCAAGUAUUGACCCUGCCUGCAAUGACCCUGAGUUCGAAUCCCCGUUAGGGCAGUUAUUAGUAUGAUGGACACAGAUAUUUGAUUUUGUCAUGGUUGAGUAUUAAUAUCCAUAUUUUCGGACUAAGUCGAUGUUCGUAAGGUGCCCAAUAUUGAACCAAAUUUAUUUAUAUGUAUAGUUCACAUAUUGUGCGCCAUAAUAUUUCACGUACUUAUUAAUGUUUGUAAAUUAUGGUACUUGAUUGUUUCAAACGAAACCAAGGAUAAUUUUGAGGUCUAUGCUCCAUUCUUGGAUCAAGAAAACCUCUUAUUUAUCAUAUAUCUUAAUUAUUUUACCUUAAUUUAUUUUUAAAUGACUAUUAUUGUAUAAUAGUCCUUACAGUAAAAUAUAUAAACUACAAAAAAAAAAAUUACACGUUUGUAGAAAAAUAGUAAAAGGUCAACGAACUAAACUCUUAUAGUCAGUGGCUGAACCUAUAAGGAAAAAGUUGGAAUCAACUAUUCCUAAACUAAUUUAGAUCAUUACGUAUAUCACCUUAUACGUAGGGCCUUAUGUUGUUAGACUCAGAUUUUUAUUGACUGAUUUUAAUGUAUUUAAAAGGGUAUGGCGCUGGUCCCGCCAAAACCGAGUAACGGCCCAGCCACGACAUUGGUCUAAGCGCGACAGCGGUGAGCGGCAGCCAUACGUGCGAAUGAAAAGACCCAUCGCUGUGUCUAGCUCUGAUGUAUGGCCGCCGCUCACCGCUGCCGCGCUUAGACCAAUGUCGUGGCUGAGCCUUAAGCGAUGAGCUAUCGGCUAUAGACGCGGACAAAAGAUAGCUCCGUGUAAAUAAAAGAGACAUGAUAAUAGGGCGAGCAAGUUAUAGUUCGUAUAGCGAUGAACUAAAUUGCACGCUCUCUCUUUUAUUUGCGCCAUUCUUUUUUUU